AUGUCCUCGGAAGACUUGGUCCAGAGGACCUUCAAAUACAACAUAGCCAUAAUGAAGAUAUUCGGUUUGUACCCCUUCGAUAGCUGGCCAGAAAUUUACAAACUGUACAGUUUCAUCUUCUACUUGGUUUUCACCUUCAUAACACCAGCACUGAUAGUAGUAUUACUGGUGGUUAGAGCUGAAGAAAGCAUCCAAAUUAUCAGACAAGACGGUUUUAUGAUGGUGGAGCUGAUAACUCUUACUAUGAAGAUGCUGCCAUGUAAAGUAAAUCCAGAGGGCACGAGGAGGACAAUGUACGCUUUGAAACAAAGGAUUUUCAACAGCCAGUUGCCUGAGCAAGAUUGGAUUCUGGCAGAGACUGUUGACAACUGCAGAUUUGUAUUUCUGACAUAUUGUACGUCUUGUGUCUUUACAGUUCUAUGUUGGGCCUGUGUACCCCUGGUAUAUGAAGUAAGAAGAUUCCCUAUUACUGUAUGGCUGCCCUUCGACCCAUUCGAGAACACGCCGAUUUAUUUUUCUUUGUACAUCUUCCUCGUUCUGGUUGUAGUGAAUGCUGGUGUGGACAACAUCUGCGUCGACACUUUGUUAGCCUUUCAGGUGUAUCACGCCGCAAGCCAAAUCAAAAUUCUCAAAGACACUCUGGCGCACCUGGGCGAAAGGGCAGAAGAGCAAAUUCUGAAGGAGGGCAAGUCUCUGAGCUUGGAAGAUAAAGAUAAUUUGAAAAACAACAUAAUCUAUAAGAAGAUAUGCCACUGCGUUGAUCAUUAUGAAGCCAUUUAUAAGUUUGUGGAAGAUUUGGAAACUACCUACUCUUUCAUCGUUUUUAGUCAAAUGAUAGCUACUAUCGUAGUAAUAUGCAUUUGCUGCCUGCGUUUUACAGUGGAUAUACCGUUUACAAUGCCUUUUUUUGGCACAGCCACCUUCACAGCCGCUGCACUCAUAGAAAUAUUUCUGUACUGUUAUUCAGGGACGCUGCUGUACGAAGAGAGUAAUUCGGUAAUAAAUGCCAUAUACAUGAGCGAAUGGUAUACCUAUGACGAAAAAUCCAAGAAGGCCCUUCUGACUUUGAUGGAAAGGGCUAAAAGACCCAUAAAAGUCACCGCAGGAAAACUUCUAGACCUCUCGCUUGCCACUUUCACCGCGAUUAUACGCAGGUCUUACUCACUAUUGGCGGUCCUAAAGAAUUAUUAA